AUGGCCGCCUCCACGGCCUUCUUCUCUUCAAUUCUCAACGUCCCCACUUCCAAGAUCUCAAAUUCCGAUGUGGGUUUCAACCGGAUCCGCUUCUGGGUCCAAAAGAAGCGAUCUUUCACUCCGGCAAUCCCCAUUUCAAUCGGCGACGGCAUCCCCUCGUCUUCGGGCUCCUGCAAUUCAGCUGCGAUCUCCAAUUCUCUCACUCUCGAUCAUGACAGCAUCAACGAUGAAGAGGUUAAGAAGGCGGAGUCGAUAAUCGGGUCGAAAGUCCGGGUCAAGGUGCCCUUGAAGGUGUACCACGUGCCCAAGGUGCCCGAAUUGGAUCUCACGGGCCGGGUCGGGUUGUUGAAGCAGUACGUCGGAGUUCAUAAGGGGAAGAGGAUCUCGGCGAAUUUGCCGUACAAGGUGGAGUUCGUGGCGGAGGAGAUUAGCGGCCGCGGUGGUAAGCCAGUGAAGUUUCUUGCGCAUUUGAGGGAAGAUGAGUUUGAGUUUCUUGAUUGA